CAUCCACUGUGUGAACCUCUGCAUCUUCCCCCCCCACACACACUUGUAUCUCUCUCUAACGUACAGGGAGCUGGGAGACACCUACUCCCGGAGGUCAAAGUCCAGGACAGUGGGAAGAAGUGCGUGGUGAUUGACCUGGAUGAAACGCUGGUCCACAGCUCGUUUAAGCCGGUGAAUAACGCAGACUUCGUGGUACCAGUGGAGAUCGACGGGGCCACGCACCAGGUCUAUGUUAUGAAGAGGCCUCACGUGGAUGAGUUUCUGCGGAGGAUGGGGGAGCUGUUUGAAUGCGUGCUGUUCACCGCCAGUCUGUCCAAGUAUGCUGACCCCGUGGCUGACCUGUUGGACAAGUGGGGGUCGUUCCGUUGCCGCCUCUUCCGGGAGUCGUGCGUCUUUCACCAUGGCAACUACGUCAAGGACCUCAGUCGUCUGGGCCGGGACAUGAACCAGCUGGUCAUCUUGGACAACUCGCCCGCCAGUUACAUCUUCCACCCCGACAAUGCGGUCCCGGUGGCCUCCUGGUUCGACGACAUGUCCGACACGGAGCUCCUGGACCUCCUGCCGUUCUUCGAGAGGCUGUCGAAGGUGGAGGACGUCUACUCGUUUCUGCAGGAGCAUAAAUCCAGCUAGCAGCGGGCUGGGCGUGUCGGCGCUGAGCGGGAAAAUCCAAAGGAGUUUGUCCGCCCCUUCCCCCCCCCCCCCCCCCCCCCCAUC